AACUAAUAUUGUUACUUCCCAAUAUCUAAAUAUCAAAAAGAGAAAAGCAACAUAAAAGAUGGCCAUGGAGAAGUUUUCAUAUUUUCUAUUACCGUUAUUGAUGGUGUUUGCUUUCAUCCUUCCAUCAAUGAUUUCAGUCGAAGUAAUACCAUGCAUACCAGGAUCAACAUGUUCACGCAAUCUAACAUGCAAUGUACUUUGCAAAUUAAAAGGAUACAAAUUAGGAGGGUUCUGCCAAAAAUAUGUAGGCAAAAAGACCGGCAAUUGUUGUUGUCAUCCUGGCUUUGAAUCUCAAGACUCUUCCAUAUCCGACGAUAUUAAUGUACUAAUUCCUAAUUAA